AAACCUAAAACCCUGAACAAAACCCUAGUCCCAGUAGAAAAGAAAAGAGAAGGCUGAAGCGGUGAACAGAGAAGUGAGAAGUCGGAAGAGAGAUGACGCAGAAAGGGAAGCUGUUCAAAGGGCAGCAGAAGAGGAAGACGAUUCCUCCCAACCGCCAUGGAAAAAUGACUCAAAUUCGCAAAGGCAAGCGAGUAAUUAAGCCUUCCAAGGUCACCGGUGACAUGGAUUCCGAUCGGGAGAUAACAAAGUUCAUAAACCACUGCAAUGAGGUGAAGGCGGCCACCGCUGCAAACAAGGAAGGUGGCCAGUUAAGUAUAGUCAAAACACCUCAGGACUCCGGUAACAAUGCGAAGCAAUAGUAGUCGCGAAAGCUUGUGAAACUAUGGAUGCGGAGAGUGAUAGGUUGUCUGGAAACACUUGAAACAAACCCUCGUUGCAAAUUUUGUGCUGUUAUGUUGUGCCCUCGUUAUAUAGUUUGCAGCAUUUGAUUGGGUCUUAAAGUUUCGGAAUGUGACCUGUUACUUGUUUGUAUCAAUUCCAAUACAGCUUAUUCUGUUUCAUCUAAUUUAGUCUUGUUAAAGAUCCCUCGUUUGAA